AAGGAGCCCCAGCCGGCCCUUCCACACCGCAGCGCACUCCCCCCCUCUACCUCACCUUCCUCUCCCCCCUCCCCCGCCCGCUCCCUCUCCUCGCCCGGGUGCUUCCUCCCUCCCUCCCUCCUGGUGUCCACUCCACUCGCCACUGGCUCCGUUCAGUUCUUGAAUCUUGACCGACCCGCCUGGGCCGGUGGCCUGCUGCCGCUUCUCGCUCCGGUGGUGGCUACGAGCUGCGGACGGACGGACGGAGGGGGUCCGGGAUGGAGCGGUACGAGGUGAUCAAGGACAUAGGGUCGGGCAACUUCGGGGUGGCCAAGCUGGUCCGGGACGUCAGGACCAAGGAGCUCUUCGCCGUCAAGUUCAUCGAGAGGGGGCACAAGAUUGAUGAGAAUGUUCAGAGGGAGAUUAUGAACCACAGAUCUCUGAGGCAUCCGAACAUUGUUAGAUUCAAAGAGGUUGUGCUAACUCCCACACAUUUGGCCAUAGUUAUGGAAUACGCUGCUGGCGGUGAGCUAUUUGAAAGGAUCUGUGGUUCUGGAAGAUUUAGCGAGAAUGAGGCUAGGUUCUUCUUCCAACAAUUGCUUUCAGGAGUUAGCUAUUGCCAUUCCAUGCAAAUAUGUCAUAGAGAUUUGAAACUAGAAAAUACGCUCCUGGAUGGGAGCGAAGCACCCCGGCUCAAGAUAUGUGAUUUCGGUUACUCCAAGUCCUCUGUGUUGCACUCUCAGCCAAAAUCGACCGUCGGUACUCCUGCCUACAUCGCCCCCGAGGUCCUUUCUAGAAGGGAAUAUGAUGGAAAGGUCGCUGAUGUUUGGUCCUGUGGAGUAACUCUAUAUGUGAUGCUUGUGGGCGCUUAUCCUUUUGAGGACCCAGACGAACCGAAGAAUUUCCGCAAGACAAUUACUAGGAUACUCAGUGUACAAUACUCAGUACCUGAUUAUGUCCGGAUUUCAAUGGAGUGCAGACAUUUGCUGUCCCGGAUUUUCGUGGCAAACCCUGAGCAACGAAUAACCAUCCAAGAGAUCAAGAACCACCCGUGGUUCCUCAAGAAUCUGCCGAUCGAGAUGACCGACGAGUACCAGAUGAGCCUGCACAUGGUCGGCGUCAACGCUCCCCCGCAGACCCUGGAGGAGAUCAUGGCCAUCAUCCAGGAGGCGCGGAUACCGGGCGACGGUUCCAAGUUCGCCGGGCAGCUGUCAGUGCCUGGGCUAGGGAGCAUGGAGCUCGACGACAUAGAUGAUGUCGAUGUGGACGUCGAGGACAGCGGUGACUUUGUGUGCGCGUUGUGACGAGCAGGCGUGGCGGUUCCCCUUGGUGGUGUGGCCUUUGUGUUUGUAAUGUGUUCAUCCUUCUGUUGUGCCAUUUGUUUCAGAGGGUUGUGGUGUGCUGUUGUAUGAUUACAUGUGUUUCUGUAAGCGUUGUUCGUAGUGAUGCUGUGGAUAAAGUAUAAGUAUAACUAUACUUCCAUA